AUGUCAAACGAAUUAAUUUCCGAAAAAUAUUCACAAAUUUUAGACGAGCAAUCCGAUAAAAAGAGUGUUUUAAAAUAUCCAAGAACUUUAUAUCCACCAAUUGAACCAUAUAAAACUCAAUUUUUAAAAGUUUCAGAUAUUCAUACAGUUUAUUUAGAAGAAUCAGGUAAUCCAGAAGGAAAUCCAGUUAUUGUAGUCCAUGGUGGUCCAGGUGGUGGUUGUGAAGAUUUCUAUCGUCAAUAUUUUGAUCCACAAGCAUACAGAAUCAUCAUGUUUGAUCAACGUGGUUGUGGCAAAUCCACUCCAUUUGCAUGUUUAGAUGAAAAUGAUACCUGGUCAUUAGUCGAAGAUAUGGAAAAGAUUAGAGUAUUAUUAGACAUUAAUAAAUGGGUUGUAUUUGGUGGUUCAUGGGGUUCAACUUUAUCACUUGCAUAUGCCCAAACUCAUCCAUCUCGUGUUAAAGCUUUAAUCUUACGUGGUAUCUUUACUUUAAGAAGAGAAGAAUUAAUCUUUUUCUAUCAACAAGGUACUAGCUUCUUAUUCCCAGACUUCUUUGAUGAAUAUGUUAAACCAAUUCCAUUAGCCGAAAGACACGAUCUUAUCUCUGCUUAUCACCGUAGAUUAACUGGUAAAGAUGAAAAAGUAAUGUUAGAAUGUGCUAUGGCUUGGUCUAAAUGGGAAAUGGCAACUUCCAAAUUAAUAGUCGAUCCAAAAAAAAUCGCCAAAGCAACUGAAGAUCCUAAAUUUGCUUUAGCUUUUGCUAGAAUCGAAAAUCAUUACUUUGUUAAUGCCGGUUUCUUUAGAGAGGAUGGUCAAUUAAUUAACGAUGCUCAUAUCCUCAAAAACAUUCCAGGUGUUAUCGUUCACGGUCGUUACGAUGUUGUUUGCCCAAUUAAAACUGCUUGGGACUUAAAGAAAGUUUGGGGUGAUAAUGUUGAUUUAAUCAUUACACCAGAUGCUGGUCAUUCAAUGGCAGAGGCUGGAAACUUAAGUGCUCUUGUAGAUGCAUGCGAUAAAUUUAAAAAUAUUUAA